CUUUUGUAAAACUUAACUUUUAAUUGCAACACUUGCAUCACAAUUUUCCGCAGCCAAGGUGACGAGUGGCGGCGAAUUCGAUCUCAGACCCAUACCAGCGUUUCUGCACCGUGUGUUGUGCAAGGAUACGCCGAAGGCAUUGCUGACGUUGCCGACGACACAAUUUCUCUUAUUGCCUCGGCGCGAGAUCAAAAGGAAGAAGUGGAAGACUGCCAUGUGCUGAUGAGAAGAUGGGCUUUAGAAUCUACCAUGUUUUUGACUGUUGACGAGAGACUCGGAGUGUUGGAACCUAACCUCGACGCCCAUUCGACAGCAGCAAACAUGUUCAACAUUACCGAAGACUUGUUCUGCAUACUGAAUACGCUGACUACAAGUUUUCCUUAUUACCUCUACUUUCCAACGCCCAAGUGGAGACGGUUCCGUCGCCGCGGGCACGAAGCCAUUAAGUUGCUGUUACCACUUGUUAGGACAGCAGCGGAAAGGGCUGAACAUAUGGGGGAGGAGGAACGCACCACACUCGCUGCCUCUCUACGACGCGAAGGAAAGCAAAGCUUGAAAGAAAUCUUCACAUUCGUUUUUGACUUCAUUAUGGCGGGUUCUGAAACGGUUGCGGCUGGAGCAACGUAUUGCUUAUACUGCCUUGCAAUGAACCCUCUCGCUCAACACAAAGCAAGGGAAGAGGUUCAGUCUGUUCUCAGCAAAGCUCCAGACAGUGAUAUAUCACUCAAAUAUUCGGAGCUUUCCUACGUAAAGGCCUGUAUCCGUGAAUCACUUCGACUCUACCCUAUCGUCACCGGAAUACACCGCAAACUAGACCACGACGUUGUGAUGUCCGGCUACACGAUACCAAAGAACACCGUCUUGAGAACCGAAAUAUUUGUAAGUGGGAGACUGGAGGAAAACUUCACGAGAGCUUCGGAAUUCAUCCCAGACCGCUGGCUUCGUGGCAGCGGGGAUCGGGCAAGUGAACUUGGGGGAAAUUGGACGCAUCACCCUUUUGCUUCGCUACCAUUCAGCUCUGGUGUACGGAUGUGCAUUGGAAGAAGGAUAGCCGAGAUGGAGAUGUGUAUGCUUAUUGCAAAGGUGCUGCAAACAUUCAGAGUGGAGAAUCACCAUGGGGACAUUGGCUUCCUUUCACAGCUCACAAGUCGCCCACAAAAACCAGCCAGAUUCCGCUUCAUUGAGCUAUAGGAGAAAAUUCAUACGCAAAAGUGGCGUUCUUGAAUCACUUUGAUUAGUUAUAAUAAAGUAAGUUUGCUAGAU